AUGCGAAAAUCCGGAAAUGCAAGGAAAUAUGCUGCACAUGCUGUCGAUACUGAUGAUAUUCAUGAUGUUGUUGCACAUACUGAUGAUGUUGACGAUAUUGAUGAGCAUGAUCGACAUAUUGGAUUCCCUAGAGGACCGAUGGAUCGUGGAUCGUUAAAAGUAAUUACUCAUGGAUUGAAGCUGAAGAAGUUUACCGAAGUUCUUGUGCCAUAUCCUGUAGAGCAUUGGAUUUGGGAAUCUGGAUUGUUACAUCUGUCUUUAGCCUACCUCACUAUGACUGAUGUUGGUCUGAUAUCUGCAUUUGUUGAAAGAUGGCACAAGGAGACCAUCUCAUUUCAUUUGCCGGUUGUAGAGAUGACUAUCACUUUAGACGACGUCGUGAGUGUCCUUCACAUCUCACCCCAUGAUCAUUGUCGAGACUAUUCGUGGGCUACCGCGACAUUGGUUUUCCUUUAUGACAAUAUGGGAGAUGAGACUGUCAAUGACACUCGACAGUUGGGAGGUUACAUGACCCUAUUAGAGUGCUGGAUUUACGAGCACUUCCAUAGAAUCGGUAAGUGGGGCGAUAGAGGAGCAAUUCUUGCACAUCUUCCAAGAGCAUGUAUGUGGACUGCAAAACAUGUUGUUGAAGGUGGAUUGAUGACAUAUCGUCAGGGAUUUGAUGCUUUGUUGCUCGAGGAUGUAGUUUUUACACCAUAUGAUGAUGAUGGAGCUAAUCAUUCGUUUACCACUAUAAAAUCAUCUGUAUCGGCCUUUCGGAGGCUAUAUCCUAUUGCGACUUUUCCUGGAGAGGUCGUUGCAAACUACUAUGCAUGGUACAUGAGUGUUUCACAUCCUCUGGUCAUUCCUCUAUCUACAAUUGCACCUUCGAGUCCACCUACUGUUGUUGCACAUGCUGGGCCAUCAUCUUCUGCACAUGCUGGUCCAUCAUCGACACGAGAUCGUAGAGCAGCUGAUCUUUUACGUAGGGCCAUUAAUUUGGUAGCUCAAUUUAGUGAAAGUUCAUUAGAUAUUAAGUGA